AUGCCAAGGAAGAGUAAGAGGUCACAGGUUGCAAGCCAGCGCUGGCAGAGGUUUCAUGACAUUGACUUUGUGAGUACUGGACAAGCAGAUGGUAUUCCUCAGAGCAGUGGAGAGGUAAAGAGGUCUGAAGUGUCUGAUGCUGUGAAACAGGGAGGUGAAAAUGCAUCAUGUCAACCACAGGUAUCUUAUGCAGACGUGCUUAAGAGGAGACGUGUAAGUGAGUCACCUGCAGCAGGUCCUUCUAACUCUCAUCAGGUGAACUACAUAGCCCAAACUGAAAAGCCAUGCUCAACCCAGGUAUCACGUGCAGACACUGUUAAGAAGGGAAACCACAGUAAUUAUCAGUCUGUAUCAGGCUCUUCUCAGGUAAGAAAUGAGAACGCUGUUAAUCAGUCAGGUGAACAAAACGUCUGUGCGUCACGCAGCCAAGCAUCUCUGAAAUACGGCCAAUCCAGGAACCAGCAGUGCACCUGUAACUCACUGACAUUUCUAGCAUUCCUGUAUGAGAGAGAACACAUCACCAGAGCAGAUCUGGACCGUGUUUUGGAUAAAGGUGAUGUGAUGUACAGAAAAGUCAGAAAAACUGUUUAUCACAGCCAUCUGACAACCGAUGAGCUCCCUAAACAGGUUCCUGCACGCAGACACACGCAGAUUUUUGACAAGUCACAGCUGUCUAGAUACGGUACGUUUGGAGAUCCGGAUCCCGGUGCUGUUGAUACCUUUCUGGACCUCGUUUCAGGACUGAGCUGCUUAUUAUCAGAUGUGCAGUAUGCUUUGCUGCUAAUGACUUCACUGUGCAUUGCAGUUUUCAGAACCAGAGAUGGCAGGUACGGUUUCUUUGACCCACAUGCUAGGACAGCUAACGGUUUGCCUCUGCUUAAAGCCACACCUACUCCUGGUACCGCUGUCAUGGUAACAUUCACACGCCUUAGUGACAUGAUUGCCAGGCUCAUCAGGUAUCACCACAUAUUGGGCACAGCAGCGUCCUGUCGCUAUGAGCUCAAGCCAGUUGUGUUCGGUGAUGUGAACCCAAGUGAUGCUAUCCCAGCCACAGAAAGUCCGUCCACAAGUCCCUCUGUAACAACCACUGUGAUAAAUGAUGACACAAGUGCUCCACAGAUGAACACUGAUGUCCAUGAAAACACUGAAUGCGACAUGGAAACUGAACCAGAACCACUGAUCGACUUCAGCCAGUGUUCUGUCACAUUAACUGGUCCUGAAUCUCUCGUUCUGGAGAUGAACACUACUGUAAGUGAUGACACAUCACAGAAAGUCUCAACUUUGAUGGAAACACAAGCUCAUCAACCAGGUCAAAUCAGCAUGAAUUCUGUCAAAGAGGAAACUCAGGAGACACAAUCAAAUUUGACACAACCAUUUAUAACUAUCCCUGUCACCAGUGAUAAUGUCCUCCAUGACAUUUCUAGUAAACUGUCAAAAUUGAACAAACAGCAAAAAAAGAAAUUUAAGAGGAGACUAAUGAGAUCUGGAAAGACAUCUCAAAAGAAAGAGAAUCAAAAAAGGAGAGAGAGAGAAAAGUAUGCUAAGAAUGAAACAUAUAAAGCAAAGAAAAAGUCUUAUUCAAGUAACAAAUAUUCUGUAAAUCCUGAGAUACAGACAAAGAAAAGACAAAAGAUCACAUCUAAAUAUAGAGAAAGCACAGACUACAGACUGAAACAAAAAGAAUAUAUCACACGAAAAUACAGGGAAAAUGUUGAUUUUAAAGGCAGACAAAAGUUAUAUUUCAGGAAAAAAUAUGGAGAAAAUAUUGAUUUUAGAGGCAGACGAAAAGAAUAUUUCACGAAAAAAUACAGAGAAAAUGUUGAUUUCAAAGGCAGACAAAAAGAAUAUAUCAGGAAAAAAUACUCUGAGGAUGUUAAUUUCCGGCAAAGACAGCGAUCAUAUAUCAAUCAUCGAUAUGCAAAUGAUGAAAUAUUCCGUAACCGACACAGACAGCUGAUGAGACAAAUGAUGCGAGACAGGUACAAGACAAAUCUUGCAUACAGAACUAUGCAUAAAAUGAGGUGUGCAUUGAAAAUAUCAAAGAAAUACAAAGGAAUAAGUAAACAAACAUGUGAGACUGACAGAGAGAGUGAAAACCCACUUAUUGAAAGUGCCAUAAAUGAUUUCCGAUCACACAUUAAAGCUGGUCCCACCCAUGUUUGCACAGUUUGCCACAAAGCCUCAUUUCCAAACCAGGUGCAAAAGUGCAAGAGGUCCAACUAUGUGAAAAAUCCAAUCAUGGUUUCAGCUUGUCUCAAAGGUCAGUACGUCCAUGAUUGUAACGAUGACUGCAGAAAUCACUGCACUGUCCCUGAUGAGAGAAAGACUGAGUGGAUUUGUCACACCUGCCAUGACCAUCUGAAAAAUGGAGCCAUGCCCAAACUUGCCAUAGCAAACAACUUGGAGCUUGCUGACAUACCACCUGAGCUGUGUGACCUCAACAUACUGGAGAGACAUCUGAUAGCAAAGUGCAUAACAUUUGCCAAAAUCAUUCCUCUUCCCAAAGGCAGACAGCGAGCUAUACAUGGUAAUGUUGUAUGUGUUCCCUCUGAAGUCCAGGAAACAAUUCAGGCUCUACCCAGAUUGAGAAAUGAGUCUCAGGUGAUGAGAGUAAAACUGAAGAGACGCUUGAGUUACAGAGGUCACCAUCUGUUUCAGACUGUUACCUGGUCCAAGCUAGUACAGGCCCUGCAUACACUGAAAGAGAUACACCCCCAAUAUGAAGACAUCACUAUUAGAGAUGAGGAGGAGUUAUGUGACCCCACACUUCCUGAUGAUGGUGAUGAGGAUGAGGAUGAUGAUGAUAACACAAUGAAUGAUGAUGACUAUGAUGAUGAGGAUUUGAUGGAGAUUGAUAGAAUUGAGGCUGCUGCCAUGUAUGAGGCUGAAACUAAUGCUGAAACUGAGGACGACAACACAGAGCUGUGUGAUAAAAGUCAGACCCAGGACAAUGAUGAUCAGACACAACAACAGGAUUCAGACGUGCAUAAUGGUGGUGUUGUUUUGGAGUCGUGCCUUCAGCCACGUGAUGUUUCUGAGGAGAUAUUGUGUUUCAGUGACUCUACAUACUCAGUAGCUCCAGCAGAGAGAAACAAUCCAGUCAGUUUUUUCAAAACACCCAAACUAGAGGCCAUGGCGUUUCCUGUUCAGUUUCCCACUGGUGAGAAUACACUGGAUGAAAACAGACCAAUGAAACUAUCACCCAGUAGUUAUUUUAAAGCAAGGCUCUUUGGUGUUGAUGAUCGCUUUGCCAGAGAUACCAACUACCUGUUCUUUGCACAGUUUGUGACCGAAAUACACUUGGCUACCUCCAGCAUGUCCAUACAGUUACGCAAAGGCAAACCUUUGACCAGAGACGGACGUAAAAUAACAUCCAGAAUGUUGAGAGACAAAUACGAAGUGGAGAGACUGGUGAGAAACAGAGAUGCUAUCAGAUUUAUGCAGCCGCUCAGAGGAACACCAGCCUACUGGGACAAAACUACAAAAGAUCUGUUUGCUAUGAUCAGACAGUUGGGCAGUCCUACUUUCUUUGUCACAUUUUCUGCAGCAGAAAUGCGUUGGCCUGAGGUGAUUAUUGCAAUAAAAUCACAACAAGGUGAGGAAGUGAAUUUUGAAGAGCUCGACUGGUCCACAAAGUGUGACAUUCUGAGAAGCAAUCCUGUGACAACGAUGCGCAUGUUUGAUAAGCGUGUUGAAGCACUGUACAGAGAUCUGAUCAUGUCUCCUGCACAACCCCUGGGCAAAGUUUUUGACUUCUUUUGGCGUCUCGAGUUUCAACACAGAGGAAGUCCUCAUAUACAUGGUCUUUUGUGGGUAGAAGGUGCACCUGUGUUUGAGAGAGACUCUGACAAAACUGUGUGUGACUUUGUGUCCAAACACAUCUCUGCUCAGCUCCCUGACCCAAAUAAACAGCCUGAACUGUACAGAAAGGUCAAAGAAGUGCAAAUACACAGUAAGAACCACUCAAAGACAUGUUUCAAAAGUGCAAGUUCUGGAUGCCGAUUUGGAUUCCCAAAACCACCCUCCAGACAGACAAUGAUAACAAGACCUGUGGGUGAUGAUGAGGAGUCAGAGAGACUUAAGACAGCCAAAGAGAAACUUGCACCACUGAAUCAGCUGCUGAAUGAGACACAAACUGAAUCCAUGAGUUUUCAACAGCUCCUGUCUGUCUGUGACUUAACCGCUGAUGAGUACGAGAAACACAUGAAUGUGAUGAGUCAGUCCAGCAACAUCAUUCUGAAGCGUGAGCCGAAAGACUGCUGGGUAAACACCUACAACCCUCACCUGCUCAAAGCUUGGGAUGCAAACAUUGACGUGCAGUUCAUUCUCAGCUACUACAGUCUGAUCCAUUACAUAUGUACGUACAUGUGUAAAAGUGAGAACUCUGUGAGCCAGUACCUGCAAACACUCAUUCAGAACUCCGACAGAGAAUGUGUCAAUGAAUGUGAUGAAAUGAAAGCGGUCAUGCAGGCGUAUUCCAAAAAGCGAGAAGUAUCAGCACAAGAAGCCGUUGCCCGAGUGACUUCACUGAACAUGAAAAAGAGUUCACGCAGUGUGGUUUUUGUCCCAACUGAUGACAACCCAGUGAAAAUGAGUCUGCCUGUGUCAAGCCUUGACAACACAACACCAGACAGCUUGAAUGUGUGGAUGACAUCCUUAACAGACAAGUACAAAUCCAGACCUGAAUCACCAGAGUUUGAAGAGAUGUGCAUGGCUGAUUUUGCUUCUACCUGCAGACUGGUGUAUGGACAACAGACCAAGGGCAAGAAAGUGGUACCUUUGCUGAAUGAACUAGGCUUUAUACAGAGACGAGAAAGUGACAACGCUGCUGUCAUCAGGUAUCGCCGCAUAUCCAAAGAGAAAUACCCUGAGCAGUUUUACGGCACAUUGCUUAGACUGUAUCUUCCAUACAGAUCAGACGAUGAGCUGAAAAGACCAUAUUUUCCCACGUAUGAGUCAUUCUAUGAGAGAGGUGUGGUUCAGCUGCCGUAUUCUGACCGACCCCUGAGUGUGAAACUCAUCGUGAAAAGAAACCGAGAGAGAUAUGAAAAAAACAGUGAGGAAAUUGACUCUGCUCUCGAGGACUUUGAACAGAACAGAGGUGUGGUCGAUGAAUGGUGUAAUUUGGCACCUGAAUCUGAACUGGUGAGGUUGGAGUGUAUCGAUGAACUGGAUGCCAGACAGUGUGAAAAUGUCCAAGAGGAUGUACCGGAUUACAGCAGACAAGCAAAUGCUGCUACAGAGGCCAGAGUCAUGAGAGAGCCCCCUACAAUCGAUCCCACACGGUUACGACAAAUGUAUCAGAGUCUGAACCAGAAACAGGCAUGUGUGUUCUAUGCAGUGAGAGACUGGUGCAUAAAACGAGUCUGUGGACAACAACCAGAGCAGUUUUUCUACUACAUCAAUGGUGGUGCUGGCACUGGAAAGUCACAUCUCAUUAAAUGCAUUCAUUCAGAAGCAUCAAAGAUUCUGAGAACACUACCUACACGUGCUGAGGAAGCUGACAUCUCAAACCCGACUGUGCUGUUGACUGCUUUCACCGGAACUGCAGCCUUUAACAUCUCUGGAACAACACUGCACUCUCUCCUCAAGCUGCCCAGAAGUUUGAAACCUCCUUUUCAAGGUCUUGGGAACCAACUUGAUGAAAUCAGGUGUGAGCUUUUAAACGCUGAAAUCAUCAUCAUUGAUGAAAUCUCCAUGGUGUCGAAGCCACUUUUUGCCUAUGUGGAUAUGAGACUGAAACAGAUUAAAGGCAGCCACAAACCCUUUGGAGGAAUGUCAGUCAUUGCUGUGGGAGACUUUUACCAGCUACCGCCUGUGCGACAGUCCAAACCACUGUGUGUCUAUGAUCCAAGUGAGCUUGACCUCUGGAGAGACAACUUCCAGGUGAUCACUUUGGAUGAGAUCAUGCGACAGAAGGAUGACAAAACUUUUGCCGAGAUGCUGAACAGACUCCGUGUGAAAACAAGGUCAGAUGAGCUUUCUGAAGCUGACAGAACUCUGCUGUCACAGCGUGUCACUGAACCACAACUGUGUCCCUCUGAUGUGCUGCACAUUUUUGCUACCAACAAACAAGUCGCAGAACACAACUCUGCUACACUAUCUCUGCUCCAUUCUGAUAUCACCACCAUUGAUGCAGAUGACUUUAAAAAGGACCCACACACUGGACACAUGAAAAGACAAGGUGCACCAUGUCAUGGAAGCAGAAAUGAUCUACCUGACACACUAGAUGUUGCAGUAGGUGCUAGGGUCAUGCUUACCAGAAACAUUGAUGUGUCUCAAGGAUUGGUGAACGGAUCAUUUGCUACAGUAGGCCGUCUCAUAAGCUCUGAAAACAAUGGUUCUGCUCUUGUCACUAUGCUUGGUCUCAGGAUGGAUGAUGAAACAGCUGGCAGGAGCUAUCGUACUCGAGGAGACAAUCUUGUGUACAUCGAGAGAUCUGAGGAGGCUCUGCAACAGAAAGGAGUGGUACGCAGACAGUUUCCUGUGAAACUUGCCUUUGCAUGCACGAUACACAAGGUUCAAGGUAUGACCAGAAAAUCAACUGUUGUCUCUCUGAAGCACAUUUUUGAGCCCGGCAUGGCCUACGUAGCUAUCAGUCGAGUGACCUCUCUCAGCGGACUGUACAUGCUUGAUUUGGAUGAGAGUAAAAUCCAUGCUAACCCUGCAGUCACUGUAUCUUUGGAGACCAUGACGCAAGCUAACUUUGAUCACCUCAUGCCUUUUCUCCAGAUCCAGCAUUCUCUCAGCAGACAGGACACUGUGAGCAUCAUUCAUCACAACACCGAAGGAUUACCUGCUCAUGUGAAUGACAUCAAAAGCCAUCAUGAACUGUGUCUUGCAGAUGUUUUGUGUCUGACAGAAACUCACCUACAGGGCUCCUUUGUGGCAGACAGUCUCCAGUUUGAGGGCUACACCAUGUUCAAACGCAACAGACAUUUGUCCUACACUAACUUUCCACAGAUGGCCAGUAAAGGAGGUGGUGGAGUCGCUGUUUAUGUGAAAAACCAUUUGCAGGUUGUGGAGAAACAGUACCUGAAUAAUGUGACUGACCUCGAGUUUGUGGUUUUGAAGGUUGAAUCUCCUGUAAGUGCUCUGAUUGCAGCUGUGUACAGACCUCCAGACUACAGUGUGUCAUCAUUCCUGUCCAAUCUGGGAAGCCUUCUGGACUCACUUGAGAUCAUGGACUGUCAUCCUAUCAUUGUCUGUGGCGAUUUCAAUGAGAAUCUCUUUUCUAAUGCAAGUAAGCCAAUUUUGGAUUUCUUUCAGUCCAAGGGAUAUGGUCAACUGAUCACUGCUGCUACAACGGACAAGAACACACUGCUGGACCUGAUUUUCUGUUCACGACCUCAGCUAUGUCUCUCCUCAGGUAUUGUGCAGACAUACUACAGUUACCACAACGCCACUUACUGUGUCAUUUCAUCCAACAGGUCAUAGAGGAAACUACUAUUAAGGAAAAGACAAACUACAGAAGCUGUGGCUAAUGUUAUGCUCAUAUUUUCAGUACAGAUUGAAAUGUGUUUGGUCAUUGUAAAUUUUACUAGUGCAAAAAAUAUUUUUAUGGCUCAGAAUUUUUUGAAAGAAAAUAUUUUUCAGGUUGUAAAAUUUUCCAACUAUUCAAAUGUUAUAAAUUACAAUUUUUGGCCUGUGCAUUUAUCAAGUCCAGUCAAGUCAAGUUAAUCCAUUUAACUUGACUUGACUGGACAUAGGGAGGGUGGGUGCGGAUUGAUAAAUGCACAGGCCAAAACUCUCAGCUGCUGUGUACAAUACUGUAUACAGCAGCUAAAAUUAAAAACCUCCAUCAGAAAGUGUGUGUUCCCUAAUGAACACACACUUUCUGAUGUUCUGUUACCUACCAGCUGAAACCCCCCUUUUCUCCACCCAACUUUACACCACUCUCUUAGCAUGGGUGGCUGUAAGUACACUAGAGCAAACCUAAGUUUCCUUUUCUUUGGGUAGGUUUUUAUUUUAAAUUUUUUAUUAUUACUAUUUUUUUUUUUUUCAGUUGUCCCCGUCAUCUUUAACCUGACCCCCAUUAGUACUAUCCUGACUAGCUCACUGUAAACUGAAAAAAAUUAUCAAACUGUCAACCAAAAGUAAACACAUCACCUGUGGAUGCAGUAGAGUAAAGCUAAGUUUCCUUUUGUUUGGGUAUUUUUUUUUUUCUUCUUCAGUUGUCUCUGCCAUCUUUGUCCUGACCAUUAGUGCUGUCCUGAUUAGCUCACUUAUGAGCAGAAAAAAAUUAUCAAACCGUCAACCAGAAGUAAACACAUCACUUUGGACCACUCAAAGACACAGUCUACCUGCUGUUUAACCCAGUCUUUGGUCAGAGGUGAAGAAGAGAUGACAUCCUCCACACCAUCCUCCUGCUGCUCUCAACAACCAUCAUCGCUGUGCUGGACAGACUGCAGCACCCACCGGGACCCUUCUCUCAUGGACUACACAAACAUGUGUUUUACCUGCUUGUGCCCCAGAUGUCCUGAAGCAGCUCUCAAGGACCACCAGACAUCAGGCUGAAGCAGAACUGAUGCUGUAGUACCUGUCACUCACUGGGCUCGUUCCUGCUGAACCUCCAAGAAAUAAACCCCUCUUCAAGAAAGUCUGAGGUAAUGUCUUGGUGAACUUGUGUUCAUUUAUUUUUUCUUAGUUAUCUUAGCUGCUGUAUUAAUGCUUGUGAUGCUAUUGUACAGCUCUGCUGAUACCAUCGUCUUUAACUGCAGUGUUUUCUCCCAGGUCUUCUUAAAGCCAGUUAAGAGAGGAAGAACAGCUUAGACACUCAGACAGCUGAACACACCAAAGGUGGACAUCAUGCAGCCACCCCGAGCCUUGACCCUAUCUGUGUGAGGAAGCUUUGCUGCUGCAGACCUGGUGAAGUUGCUCUGCUGCAGUGCUUAAGGUAUUCAUUGUAAUGAUGUGUGUAUUUAUUCAACAUGUUUAGUUUCACAGAUUAUCAACACAAAUGUUUCUGUUUAUUUCCUGUUUUGAACCAGCUACAUUCUCCUACUUCAAGUCACUGUCUGUUCAUCCACGGUGUAGCAAGUGCAGCUAACUAAUGGUGAUCCUACAAUCAAUUGUAUUGAUUACAGAGUUAAAGUGAAGGGGAUUUUGUUUGUUUUUUUCAGACCUCUCCUCCUCCCGCCUCUGACUCCAGUGAUGCUGUCAACUCGAACACUGAUAACUGCACACAGUGAUUCUACAACCACAGGUCAAAGGUCAAAACAUUACCUCACUCAAAACCUUCACUCUGAACUGUACCGGGCUCGGCUUUUGGUUUUGAAAAAAAGUGCCCAGACAGAACACAGUACUCACUUGAGGAACUGACUGAUUGUCUUCAGGACAGGACAACUAUCACUCUUAUAUUGUUUUGAAUCCUGUUUUCUACAUUAAAUGAUCGGUUGUCGAUAUCUGUUAAUAUUUUAAGUUUCCUGUUUCUUGGACUUUAUUUGUUCUAUCUUAUUUUAGUAUUUUCUUUCCCUUUUACUGUGUAUCUCUCCUUAUAUCAAAAGAUGACCAACACUGAUGAACGGAAAAGUUGUUGCAGGCAGCUGAAUUUCUCGUUUUAAUAUGCUCACCAUAGCCCUCAAAUUUACCUACAAGAGAAGAUGUGUUUUUAGAAAUAAAUGAUGUACUUUGGGUUUCAGCUGGUAGGUACACUGCAGGUUUUUCACGUGUGCUUAGUCUUGGGCUAAUGUUUUGGACAGCAGUGAUCCCAGCAUUACAGUGUGAAACAAUCCCUGCUGAAGGUUGUCGUCACAAUCAUCAAACACAGGGCUUGGUUAAACGAACUGUGUGAAGGGAUUUCAUAGAGGAACAAAGUUCCCAACCCAGCAUUUCAGUAAGACAGAGUAGUGUGAAUGUUUGGAUAAGAAAACACUGGGAUCUAAAAUGCUGACCAGAUUGUCAGUCCACUGCAAUGAGCUGAUGACAGUAUUAGCCUUGGUCUAACUACUGUGAAAAGCCUUUUGGGUGGUAAGGUGGACCAAUACAUGCUAUAAAAAAUACUUCAGUGCCAUAUUUAAUUUUUUUAACCUUUCACCUUUGCUUGUAUAUUUCCGCAAGCCUGGAGGACUGCAUCUUUUGCAUUUGCAUUCUUUUCCUUACCCUCCACAUUAUUUUAAAUUUUUAAUUUAGAUUUAAUUAAAAAAAUAUAUAUUUUAAUUUCUGUAAAAUACUUCUGUACCACACUGUACAGUAAACUGCUGAGAUAUUUUUGCAAACAAAUGAGCAGAUGACAAUGAGCUGAUGACAGUAAUAGCCUUGGUCUACUGUGAAAAGCCUUUUGGUGCUAAGGUGGACCAAUACAUUACAUCAAUUUAUUUCAAGUUCUCAAAUCUACUUUUUAAUCUGAUCAUUUUAGAUUUUGCUUUAAAGUUUCAGUUUCAUAUCAUUUAAUUUUAUUUAUUAUUAUAAUUAUUUAUUAUUCUAUAAUUUUCUUUUUUUCUACGAGAGCCCACAUUUCACUGCAGUUAGCUUUAAAAAAUACUAUAAUGCCAUAUUUAAUUCAUAAGCCUUACACCUUACUUUGCCUGUAUAUUUCCACAAGCCUAACUUUGCAUUAUUUGCAUUUGCAUUCUUUACCUUACCCUUCACAUUAUAUUAAAUUUUAAUUCAAAUCUUUUUUUUUAAUUUUAAUUUUAACUUCUGUAAAAUACUUCUGUACUACACUGUACAGUAAACUGCUGACUUAUUUUUGCAUACUAUUCCUCAUGUUCCAUUUUAUACUUUUUGUGAUUCACAUUUAUGUUGUUAUACUGCUGACCGAUUGUAGUAACUAUUUUUUUUAUAACUCUCAAGUCACCAUUUUCAUAUUUUUUUUAUGUAUAGGUAUAAAGGUUUUUCAGAUAUGCAAACUUAGUCUUAGGCUAAUCUAAACCCUUAAAAACACACAUAACAGUCCUGUAUCAGACUUUGAAAUCAAAUUUCAAGGUCUGUUUUUAAAGCCCACAACACAGGACUUGGCUUAAUGGGCCAUGACAAAUUUUAUGAGCCAACUUUUGUUAAGGCUUAGUAAUCCGAAAACACAAGAAAAGAGGUGAAUGUGGGUACAGGGCUGCUGGAGUUUGAAUCCAGUAAAUAAUGGGGUGUUAGCCUCAGUCUAACAACUGUGUGAAGAGCCUGUAAUGAUUGGGCUAAACAAUUUUAGAAACAACUGAAAAUGUGAUACCUUUGUCCAUCAACAAUCACAGCAACGACAAUCUUAAAACCUUAAGCUUAAGAGACAGAUUGGUCACCCAUGUAAAGAUUUCUGCUUCCAAUACCUGUUCACAAACAAAUUGUUUAUAAUUUGAUUUAAGGCACUAUGGAACACUGUUUCUUUAUGUGUUUAUGUUUUUAUUUUUUUAUUUAUUUUUAUUUUUUUAAUGUUUUAUGAUUAAUCAUUUCAUUGCUCAAAAAAUGUUAAAGGAUUGACAAUAAUAUUUUUCUUAAACAUAUAUAUUUAAAUUAAACUUAUUUGUGUAAUGUGUUCAUUUCUCAUCUACAUUCAUUUCUACUUCUUCCAACAUGAAGGCCUUUUCAGCCAUCUUUAAAAUUCUUUACCAUAUUUCCUGUAAUGUUCAAGAUCAGUUCUUUAGCAAUUUGAAUAUUCAUACAGCUACUGGUUUACCUCUCCCAGUGUUUUUACAUCCAUACAACUCAUCUCUUUUUCAUCAUCUUCUUCUUCAGUUCUGUUACGGUUGAAACAUUCAUACAACUUCUAUUUAUAACACUUCACCCCUUUAACAGUUUUUUCAUUUAUACCUUCUCCAUUUAUUACUGGCAGUUUAGCAUUGCUUUUUCAGCUUUCAGCACUCAGCAUUUCCACGCAUUUUCUGCAAGGAAAUGCAAUUUUUCUAGUUAAACUUAUUAUUCUUCCGUCCCUUUUUUGGACCGCUUCUCCUCCUUCAAACUUUGUCCGAUUUCAACCGUUCAAACUUUAAACUCUUCCACUCCUUCAGGACAUUAUGGCUAUUACUUUUCACUUUUCUACCCUUUAUACUUUUUGAUAUUUUUAACUUUUUGUGCAAAAAUUUUAACAUUGAAGUCAAUGGGGAAAUCUUCCACCUCUUCCUUUUUUUCUUCCACCUUCAAAGUCUUAUAACUUCAGCAUACUUUCACCUAGAGACCUCAUUUUUGCUUUAAAAUGUUCAUUCACUUGUCGACUAUUAUAGUUGUACUCAGUUUUUUGAUAUCUUUUACAGUUUUUCCACAAUUUAGCUUUAAGCAACUUGUGGUUUUCAGCAAAUUUCAAGCUUUAUAAUGGGUGUGUAUUGGAGAGUUUAGAGUGAUGAUGUCAUCAGCUAGAGUGCAGACCUCGUCUCUGAUCGACAGAACCUCGCUCGAAUAUAUCGCUCCCACGCCCGUAAAUCUCACUCCACUGACACAAAUAAUACAUCAAAAUGGAGGUAUAUGUGUCCUGCUUCUCACAAAAGAGGUUUCAAAUCAUUAAAUCGUACCCCUUGGCCAGCAGGUGACCAACUGUCCAAAUAGGCGGAAAUCUCUCCCAUUGACUGUAAUGUUAUUUUUCUCCAAGAAAAUCCGGAUCAUCGCUCAGGCUCAGACUUUUUUAACUCGCUGUUGUGGCCUCAUUUUUCGAAGUACAGACAUGAAAAACACAUCAUUGUGUUCAUGAAGGACGGGGGAUUCGUACGAUGUUCUUAUUUUCAUUCUGGGACUUAAGGAAAUCACGCUAUGUGAAGAAGUUCACAGGCUGAAAUUCACUGCAGUUCAGCACCUCUCAGUCAAACAGUAGGUUAGUGAUUUGCCUUUGAUCUCACAGCUGUUAGGGAUGCAGUCAUUAACGAGACACACACACACACACGCACACACAUUCUUGUACUUGUUGCUUUUUGAGGUCCACCUUAUAGUUCAGCUGCUUGUACACACAGUUAAUAUGUGUCUGCUUCACCACCUAUCUCCACCCACAAACUUUGAGCUACAGAAACCAUUCUGGGCUUCAAAAAUUCAGCUCAUUGAAGAUAUUAUGGGGUGUUUUGAGGAUUGUGAUAAUAAAUUGUAUUAAUGUGUUUAGCAGAGUCUUGUGUUCUCACAAGCUCCUUAUCAGGAAUAGAUACAGAGGAUGAGCGUCAGGGCCUACUUGGAGUCCUGUUUCCUUAGCUUCAAGCCUUCUUUCUCCUGCUAUAGGUAUGCAUCCAAGGUCCCCAUGGCAACCAAUUAGUGCACCUGGAGACACACAGCUGACUGGAAAGCUUCCUCUAAUGGCCAUAUGAGACACAUGAAGCCAGGCUCAGCACACAUAGCACUGGGGAUGACACUUAAAACCUUUUACUAGAGCGCUUGAAAAAACUUCAGCCCCUAUCUCCUCACAUGACCUUUGACCUACAGAAACCAUUCAGGGCUUUUAAAUUUGAGCUCAUUGAGGACAUUAUGGGGUGUAUUUAGGAUUCAUAUACAUUUAGAUUUUUCACAUUUUAAAGUCACUCAGUGAUGAGUUAUCAUUUAAUUUUUCAAACUAAUUUGAACUGAUUCAAACUGAUUCAAACCUUUCUAAUACUUAAAAAAUUAAACUUAUGCCACUUCUCACCUUCCUGCCUUUUAAGGCAAUUUCCUUCUUCAUUCAAACUUUGUGCAAUUUUAGACAUUUUUCUAGCCUCUUUCAGCAUGAAUAAAAUUUCUUUUUAUAGAGCAUAUUCAUACUAUUUGUCCUUCAACCAAUUAAUCAAUUAUCCAACUUACAUUUCUUUCACACCCCUUCAACAGCUUUAACAUUUAUACAUUUCUCCAUGUUUUAUUAGCAGUUUAGCAUUGCUUUUUCAGCUUUCAGCACUCAGCAUUUCCACGCAUUUUCUGCAAGGAAAUGCAAUUUUUCUAGUUAUUAUUAUUAUUCUUCCGUACCUUUUUUGCAACUUUUCAACUCCUCCAUACUUUGUCCGAUUUCAACCGUUCAACUUUUAAACUAUUCCUCUCCUUCAGGAAUAGUGCGGAUGUAUUUUUCACUUUUCAACCCCUUAUACUUUUUGAUAUUUUUGACUUUUUGUGCAAAAACUUUUCCCAUUGAAAUGAAUGGGGAAAUCUUCAAAUUCUGCCUUUUACUCCUCCACCUUCUCAGCCUUAUAACUUCAGCAUACUUUCACCUAGAGACCUCAUUUUUGCUUCAAAAUGUUCACAAUCUUCUCCUCCAAAUAUGCUGCAUUGACUUUUUUGUGCUAUCUUUUACAGUUUUUCCACAAUUUAGCUUUAUGCAACUUGUGGUUUUCAGCAAAUUUCAAGCUUUAUAAUGGGUGUGUAUUGGAGAGUUUAGAGUGAUGAUGUCAUCAGCUAGAGUGCAGACCUCGUCUCUGAUCGACAGAACCUUGCUCGAAUAUAUCGCUCCCACGCCCACAAAUCUCACUCCACUGACACAAAUAAUACAUCAAAAUGGAGGUAUAUGUGUCCUGCUUCUCACAAAAGAGGUUUCAAAUCAUUAAAUCGUACCCCUUGGGCAGGAGGUGACCAACUGUCCAAAAAAGGCGGAAAUCUCUCCCAUUGACUGUAAUGUUAUUUUUCUCCAAGAAAAUCCGGAUCAUCGCUCAAGCUCAGACUUUUUUAACUCGCUGUUGUGGCCUCAUUUUUCGAAGUACAGACAUGAAAAACACAUCAUUGUGUUCAUGAAGGACGGAGGAUUCGUACGAUGUUCUUAUUUUCAUUCUGGGACUUAAGGAAAUCACGCUAUGUGAAGAAGUUCACAGGCUGAAAUUCACUGCAGUUCAGCACCUCUCAUUCAAACAGUAGGUCAGUGAUUUGCCUUUGAUCUCACAGCUGUUUAGGAUGCAGUCAUUAACGAGACACACACACACACACGCACACACAUUCUUGUACUUGUUGCUUUUUGAGGUCCACCUUGCAGUUCAGCUGCUUGUACACACAGUUAAUAUGUGUCUGCUUCACCACCUAUCUCCACCCACAAACUUUGAGCUACAGAAACCAUUCUGGGCUUCAAAAAUUCAGCUCAUUGAAGAUAUUAUGGGGUGUUUUGAGGAUUGUGAUAAUAAAUUGUAUUAAUGUGUUCAGCAAAAUCUUGUGUUCUCACAAGCUCCUUAUGAAUAUAUACAGAGGGUGAGCGUCAGGGCCUACUUGGAGUCCUGUUUCCUUAGCUUCAAGCCUUCUUUCUCCUGCUAUAGUUAUGCAUCCAAGGUCCCCAUGGCAACCAAUUUGUGCACCUGGAGACACACAGCUGACUGGAAAGCUGCUUCUAGUGGCCAUAUGAGACACAUGAAGCCAGGCUCAGUACACAUAGCAAUUGGGAUGACACUUAAAACCCUUUCCUAGAGCGUUGGAAAAAACUUCAGCCCCUAUCUCCUCACAUGACCUUUGACCUACAGAAACCAUUCAGGGCUUUGAAAUUUAAGCUCAUUGAGGACAUUAUUGGGUGUAUUUAGGAUUGUUAUUCAUUUAAAUUUUUCACAUUUUAAAAGUCAGUCAGUGAUGAUUUAUCAUUUAAUUUUUCAAACUAAUUUAAACUCAUUCAAACUGAUUCAAACCUUUCUAAUACUUCAAAACUUUCUGAUACUUGAGGACUUUUGAUAAUUUAAAAUUUCCCUGUUUUAAAUUAGUUUUAAUAUUUAUGCAUUACUCCAUCAUUCAAACAAAAUCCUACCUCAAGUACGACAACUACUGCUAAUGUCAAUUAAACUAGAACUUUCCCCUCUACUUCAACUGCUAUUGCUCCUAUUUCUACUUUCUUUACUACUUUGACUUAUACUUCUUUUAUUCUCAAUCUACUUCUACUGCUGACAUGACUACUAGUAUCACGACUUGACUUCUUAUCAUACUACUUCUAGUACUACAAUUUAAACUUAUGCCACUUCUCACCUUCCUGCCUUUUAAGGCAAUUUCCUUCUUCAUUCAAACUUUGUGCAAUUUGAGACAUUUUUCUAGCCUCUUUCAGCAUGAAUAAAAUUUCCUUUUAUAGAGCAUAUUCAUACUAUUUGUCCUUCAACCAAUUAAUCAAUUAUCCAACUUAUAUUUCUGUUCACCCCUUCAACAGCUUUAACAUUUAUACCUUUCUCCAUGUUUUAUUAGCAGUUUAGCAUUGCUUUUUCAGCUUUCAGCACUCAGCAUUUCCACGCAUUUUCUGCAAGGAAAUGCAAUUUUUCUAGUUAUUAUUAUUCUUCCGUACCUUUUUUGCAACUUUUCAACUCCUUCAUACUUUGUCCGAUUUCAACCGUUCAACUUUUAAACUAUUCCUCUCCUUCAGGAAUAGUGCGGAUGUAUUUUUCACUUUUCUACCCCUUAUACUUUUUGAUAUUUUUGACUUUUUGUGCAAAAAAUUUUCCCAUUGAAAUGAAUGGGGAAAUCUUCAAAUUCUACCUUUUACUCCUCCACCUUCUCAGCCUUAUAACUUCAGCGUACUUUCACCUACAGACCUCAUUUUUGCUUUAAAAUGUUCACAAUCUUCUCCUCCAAAUAUGCUGUAUUGACUUUUUUGUGCUAUCUCCUACAGUUUUUCCACAAUUUAGCUUUAAGCAACUUGUGGUUUUCAGCAAAUUUCAAGCUUUAUAAUGGGUGUGUAUUGGAGAGUUUAGAGUGAUGAUGUCAUCAGCUAGAGUGCAGACCUCGUCUCUGAUCGACAGAACCUCGCUCGAAUAUAUCGCUCCCACGCCCACAAAUCUCACUCCACUGACACAAAUAAUACAUCAAAAUGGAGGUAUAUGUGUCCUGCUUCUCACAAAAGAGGUUUCAAAUCAUUAAAUCGUACCCCUUGGCCAGCAGGUGACCAACUGUCCAAAAAAGGCGGAAAUCUCUCCCAUUGACCGUAAUGUUAUGUUUCUCCAAGAAAAUCCGGAUCAUCGCUCAGGCUCAGACUUUUUUAACUCGCUGUUGUGGCCUCAUUUUUCGAAGUACAGACAUGAAAAACACAUCAUUGUGUUCAUGAAGGACGGAGGAUUCAUACGAUGUUCUUAUUUUCAUUCUGGGACUUAAGGAAAUCACGCUAUGUGAAGAAGUUCACAGGCUUCAAAUCCUCUGCUGUUCAGCUGCUUCUCAUUCAAACAGUAGGUCAGUGAUUAAGUGGAAAUGCUGAUUAAGCAUUUCCACUUAUUGUUAUUCUCCUAUUUCUUUAUUAUUAUUAUUAUUAUUAUUAUUAUUCUUCCGUACCUUUUUUGCAACUUUUCAACUCCUCCAUACUUUGUCCGAUUUCAACCGUUCAACUUUUAAACUAUUCCUCUCCUUCAGGAAUAGUGCGGAUGUAUUUUUCACUUUUCAACCCCUUAUACUUUUUGAUAUUUUUGACUUUUUGUGCAAAAAAUUUUCCCAUUGAAAUGAAUGGGGAAAUCUUCAAAUUCUGCCUUUUACUCCUCCACCUUCUCAGCCUUAUAACUUCAGCAUACUUUCACCUAGAGACCUCAUUUUUGCUUCAAAAUGUUCACAGUCUUCUCCUCCAAAUAUGCUGUAUUGACUUUUCUGUGCUAUCUCCUACAGUUUUUCCACAAUUUAGCUUUAAGCAACUUGUGGUUUUCAGCAAAUUUCAAGCUUUAUAAUGGGUGUGUAUUGGAGAGUUUAGAGUGAUGAUGUCAUCAGCUAGCGCGCAGACCUCGUCUCUGAUCGACAGAACCUCGCUCGAAUAUAUUGCUCCCACGCCCACAAAUCUCACUCCACAGCCAUAAAUAAUACAUCAAAAUGGAGGUAUAUGUGUCCUGCUUCUCACAAAAGAGGUUUCAAAUCAUUAAAUUGUACCCCUUGGCCAGCAGGUGACCAACUGUCCAAAAAAGGCGGAAAUCUCUCCCAUUGACCAUAAUGUUAUUUUUCUCCAAGAAAAUCCGGAUCAUCGCUCAGGCUCAGACUUUUUUAACUCGCUGUUGUGGCCUCAUUUUUCGAAGUACAGACAUGAAAAACACAUCAUUGUGUUCAUGAAGGACGGAGGAUUCGUACGAUGUUCUUAUUUUCAUUCUGGGACUGGAAAUCACGCUAUGUGAAGAAGUUCACAGGCUUCAAAUCCUCUGCAGUUCAGCUGCUUCUCAUUCAAACAGUAGGUCUGUGAUUUGCCUUUGAUCUCACAGCUGUUUAGGAUGCAGUCAUUAAUGAGCCACACACACACACACACACACACACACGCACACACAUUCUUGUACUUGUUGCUUUGUCAGGUCUACCUUGCAGUUCAGCUGCUUGUACACCCAGUUAAUAUGUGUCUGCUUCACCACCUAUCUCCACCCACAAACUUUGAGCUACAGAAACCAUUCUGGGCUUCAAAAAUUCAGCUCAUUGAAGAUAUUAUGGGGUGUUUUGAGGAUUGUGAUGAUAAAUUGUAUGAAUGUGAUAGCAGAGUCUUGUGGUUUUCACAACCUCCUUGUCAUGAAUAGCUGGGAUCUGGGAUUUUGUUUCUCAGCUUCAAGGCUCCUUUCUCCUGCAUCUACGGUCCCCAUAGCAACCAAUUAGUGCACCUGGAGACACACAGCUGACUGGAAAGCUGCUUCUAACGGCCAUUUGAAGCACAUGAAGCCAGGCUCAGUGCACAGAGCACUGAGGGUUACAUUUAAAUCCCUUUUCUUCUUCAUACAAACUUUGUCCAAUUUCAGACAUUUUUUCAGCUUCUUUUCACAUUUAUGCAAUUUCAAUUUUGCAGCAAAUUCACGCUACUUUGGCUUCCUAAACAAUUUUCACAUUCAUUCAAUUGCUUCCUCUACUACUUCUUCUUCUUCAGCUUUUCAACUGUUUCUACAUUCAUACAACUUCUACUUCUUCCACUUCAGCUCAACAGUCAUACAACUUCUACUACUUUUACUUCAGCUCAUAAACAAUUUCUACAUUCAUACAGUAACAUACACAUGGACUCAAAAACAGACCAAGUGACACAAUACUGCCUCAUUGAAACAGACACACCAAAAAUGUGAGCCUUCAGGAUGGAUGGAGUUCCUUAGUAUGCCUAUGUAUGGCCUCCUGGGGGAAGAAUGCUGACACACCAUGUGUGAUUUGGUAGUUGAUACAAUACAACAUAAUUAUAAUUCACUGACUUUGUUUAUACACAAAGGGAAAUUAAUUUGUCUGCAAUCUCAUUAAAAGGUUUCUCUGGAAGGACAGUUAACAAAGUGUGUAAAUCCAGUCAGAAGAGGGAAGAGGGUGACAUGGUUGACAUCUCCUGGUAUUCUUACAAGUGCCUCAGGAUGUUAAGUCUAUAUCCUAGCAGAGUGCAAGUGGGUUGGCAUUUUUCAGGACUUUUCCUGGACGUUUUCAUCCUGCCUUAACCCAUUAAGACCUGAAACCUGUCUGAGACAUGCCUCUGAAAUCCUGAGGGCAAUUUUGAGAAGGGCCCCCAGAUCCUGAGGCUUUCUGAAGUAUUGAGGUUUACAAAAAAAUUGAUAUCGCAGCCUCUGUAGCAGAUAAAAAAUAUUUGACAGCUUAUACACGUGGCUUUAAAGAUAACUAUCUUUUAUUUUUUCUGGAACUUCAUCACAUUAUUGAAAACCUUGUACUAACAAACUCAAAUGAAAUAAGUGGCUGUAUAAAUAAAAGUAAAGGCUCUGCACUGGAGAAACUGUUUGCUUUCUGUAAAACAAGUGGCAGUCAUGAUAAAGUGUCCAUUCAACACAAAUGUAAAAAUAAAACAAAGUGUUGAAAGGGUAUACAGCUGCCCUAGUAUAGUGCCAGUACAAAAGCAGCACUAAGAACUGAAAAAUAAAAAAUGAAUUAAUAAAUAAGUGGCUGACAGUGUGUUCAUCUCUGUGCUCACCGAAAAUCAUGCAACACUCACAGACAACGCAGAAAGUGUGAGCCCAAAGCACUCAAUGUGAAGAGGUCAUUCACACUGCUGGACACUUCUCCUCCGAAGCUGCCCUCUGCAGCCGUCAUUGUUUGCUUUCCUCGCGAAGCACAUAGCAAGAUCCGAGCAUGAAAUCGAGCGCUUUAUUCACCUAUCAGAUGCAGGCGGGUAUGAUUAUUUGAUUCAUCACGACUCCGGAAUUAAUUAAAAAAAAACUACAGAAUGUCACACCUAGUGAUGUUUCCUUCAGUGCCGAGUAAUGAAGGGGCCGUUUCCGCGAAGCGCAUAUCGAGGCUUGCUUCAUCUAGGAGUGGAGCCAAAAAUGAUGACGUCCGAAGCCUCGCUACCCGGCGUGACUGAUUCAAGAAACGGUUCACCGGUUUGGCGGAUGAUUUAACAGGCAGCGAAACGCAAUGGAGUCCUCCCCCACUCACAAUCCAUAGACUCGAGACUUGUUGAAAAGUUGUUUUUAAUUAAAAAAUAAAUAAAUGUAAAUGAAAUGUUUAUGUUUUAUAUGUUUUCCCUGCAACAAACUAAGUAACACAAGCACAUUCACAUCACAACCCUCUCCAUAAUUUAUGUCCUCUUCCCCUUUUUGACACUGCAACUGUGUCUUAAAGACAGACACCAUGUUGAUAACUUAAUUUCUGUAUUGUAUCACAAACACAUGGCCUCACAUCCAUUUAUUCAUUGAAUUCAGAGCUUCGCGCACCAAAGCCUCGGGGUGUCUUUGGUUUAUCACUCUGCCUGUUUUACAUUUAUUGUCCACUUGAUGGUGCAAUAGAGCAAAUGAAGCACGAUCAUGAAGCUUCGGCCCAGGAGGCGAGUAAUUGGAUGGAAAGCUUCGAUGCUUCAUGAGGCUUCAUCUCGCCAUCACUAGUCACACCCGCUCCCGAUUUAAAGGGUAGAAAUGCUCAGCGGUGCCGCCGGCUUGGAGGGUUGUAAUGCGUACAGGUUUCUUCUUGUUCUUCUUCUUCUUCUUCUUCUUCUUCUUCUUCUUGUUCUUCUUCUUCAGUUUGGUUUAAUGGCAGUUUGGCUUAGUGUCUGGGGCAUUACCGCCACCUACUGAGUCUACGGUGGAACAGGAGAUUAGGCAGUUACAGACCCUUUAGUGGAGACUCCUACAUCCUUUCUAUUAACCUUGUAUCCCGCACAAAAUCCAUCAGUCGCCCCAGCCUUGCCUUAUUGUCCACUUUUAGCAAGUUUUCUAACUUAAAUGAUUCCUUAUCUUUCUCAAUUGCUGCUUUCAAGGUCUUGCGUACACGCCUCUCCCAGUUUGAAGGGUUGUAAUACCCAUAGACAUAACACACGUAGACGCCUCAUUAUGCUGAAGCGUAAUCCAGCGUUGCAGUCAUAUUGGAUGGGUCACUCCACUCCAGGCUCGCUCAAGAGCCAAAUGGGGUCAAUGGAAAACAAGCAUUUUUACACUCUAUGAUUGAAAAACUCAAUGCAGUAUUGAAAUCAGACCACGUAGGAUUACAUAUUACAAAUAGAAUUGAAAAAUAGUUUGUUUUAUUUUAAUGUGUGACAUUUUCCUGUAUUAUGGCUACAUCCCUGCCGUUUAUAAAAAAAAAAAAAAAAAAAAACAAUGUGAAAAUCGGGCAGAGAUUCGGAGAGUAAUUAUUAUGAAUAUUGUUGGGCAUUUCUAUCUACACUGAUGCACUGGAGGCGCGUGGGGAUCCUAACCAAGACGGCGGCCACACUGAUACGUGAGCUCCACUUCGCGGCGUCAGGCUUUGAGGCUUCUACGUAAAUUAUGUCCAUGGUAAUACCUACAUGUACCCGGCUUUCCGAGUAGAAAUGAGCAGCCGCGCUCCCAGCUCGAAAGGUUGAAAUGUGUACAUGCUGUCCCGGUUUAAAUGGGUUAAAAAAAACUACACACACACACACACACACACACACACACACACACACACACACACACACAUAUAUAUAUAUAUAUAUUUAUUUAUAUAUAUAUAUAUAUAUAUAUAUAUAUAUAUAUAAUUGAAUAAAAUAUAUUUUAAUAUAUAUAUAUAUAUAUAUAUAUAUAUAUAUAUACAUAUAUAUUAUUCUACAUGUUAUAUCAUAAUCAUACAUCUGACAACGAAUGAAAAGUAUGGCGUACACUAGCUCUUCAGUACAGUGUCAAAGACAACACUUGUUGUUAAUGAGUUCCAUUUAAAUAAAGUUUAUGGCCCCACCCAGCGUCUUUCAUCACCAUGGAAACCAUUGAUCCCCUGUAAAAGAAUUGUGUCAAAAGUUUUAGAGCUCCUUUUUGAGAAAGAACAGCAAGAGAAGCGAGAAGAGCACAGAGAAGGGUGAGUCUCUUUUUAUAUCAUAUUUAAUAUUAAAUUAGCUUAGAAACUACACUUUCUAUUGGACAAAAAAAUAUUUUUGAAUGGUUAAUUUCUCCAUUUCUCCAUCAUAUUUAAUAUUAAAUUAGCUUAGAAACUACACUUUCUAUCAUACAAAUAAUAUAUUUGAAUGGUUAAUUUUUCUGUUUCUGUCAAUUGUUUUUUUAAGUGUCUUAGUAUUUUUGUGUGAGAUUUAGCAGUCUUCCUCGAGGAGGCUACAAACACUUUGCUAAGCUAAUAGACUCAACUUGGUAAAAAUAAAAAUAAAAAAAUAAAUAAAAACUAAAUUAGCUAUGGUGUAGUCUUCCACUGUAAAUCAAUUCGGGUGACAAAGAUAGCUUUAAUUCAGAAAUUUUCCAUUUUUAUGGUUCCUGUAAGCUGUUCACUGUUUAAGACAUGUCUCUGUUAAAGACAUGUCUUUAGAUAGAUAGAUAGAUACUUAUAUAUAUGUAUAGAUGCAUGUACAAACUAUUUAGAAAAAUUAAUGUUUAAUGCAAGUUUGCCAUUAAAAGUUUGUGAUAAAAAGGUCUUUCUCUGAAAGUGUCUGCAACUGUCUCCUUAGGCCUAGCUUACUCAUGAUUGGCUGUUCUUGUGGGACCUCUCUUGUGAUUGGCUAGCUCCAGAGCCGUCGCUAGGCUGCUGCUAUGCAUCCAUACUUGACAGGCAGACAAAAAUGUAAAAAAAGUAUUUCUCUGAAAGUGUCUUCCACUGUGUCCCUGGGCCUCCACUCUAGCUUACUCUUGAUUUGUUUGCUAGGCUGCUACUAUGCCUCAAUAUUUGCCAGGCAGUCAGAUAUGUACUAAUGGACUGUCAGACAAUAAAUAAGAUUAAAUAUAAAUCUAUUUUUCUCUCUAUAAGUAUAUAUGUAUAGAGAGAAAGAAAGAGAGAGAGUGUGUUUAUAUAUAUAUAAAUGUGUAAAAAUAUCAAAUAACAAGGCAAUUUUGAUCACUUAACAAAUAAUUUAAAUAAUUUUCAGUAUUGACCUAUGACUUAAAAAAUUAUUUUCAGGCUCCUUCUUUGAUAGAGAGCUGAUUGUAUGGAUACAUAUAUAAUUCAAGAAUAAUUUUGCCAUUUUUAAUUAUUUAGAGAAAUUCAUGUUAAUAAUAAUGUAAGUUUGCCAUUAAAAGUUUGUGAUAAAAAGGUCUUUCUUUGAAAGUGUCUGCAACUGUCCCCUUGGGCCUCCACUCUAGCUUACUCAUGAUUGGCUUGUGGGACCUCUCUUGUGAUUGGCUAGCUCCAGAGCCGUCGCUGGGCUGCUGCUAUGCAUCCAUAUUUGACAGGCAGACAAAAUGUAACAAAAGUAUUUCUCUGAAAGUGUCUUCGACUGUGUCCCUGGGCCUCCACUCUAGCUUACUCUUGAUUGGCUGUUUGCUAGGCUGCUACUAUGCCUCAAUAUUUGCCAGGAAGUCAGAUAUGUACUAAUGGACUGUCAGACAAUAAAUAAGAUUAAAUAUAAAUCUAUUUUUCUCUCUAUACGUAUAUAUGUACAGAGAGAAAGAAAGAGAGAGAGUGUGUUUAUAUAUAUAUAAAUGUGUAAAAAUAUCAAAUAACAAGGCAAUUUUGAUCACUUAACAAAUAAUUUAAAUAAUUUUCAGUAUUGAUCUAUGACUUAAAAAAUUAUUUUCAGGCUCCUUCUUUGAUAGAGAGCUGAUUGUAUGGAUACAUAUAUAAUUCAAGAAUAAUUUUGCCAUUUUUAAUUAUUUAGAGAAAUUCAUGUUAAUAAUAAUGUACGUUUGCCAUUAAAAGUUUGUGAUAAAAAGGUCUUUCUCUCAAAGUGUCUGCAACUGUCCCCUUGGGCCUCCACUCUAGCUUACUCAUGAUUGGCUUGUGGGACCUCUCUUGUGAUUGGCUAGCUCCAAAGCCGUCGCUGGGCUGCUACUAUGCCUCCCUAUUUUAUUAUUUCUCCAUAGGUUAUUUUGCCUCUACAUUCAUUAGAAUGGUUGACAACAUGACUGACAGCAUUAGGAAGUUAUAUGACACUAGCUUACUCAUGAUUGGCUGUUGAAGUUAGAUGUGGUUGGCUUACUUCAAAGCUGUUACCAAGCUGUUACUAUGUCUCCAUAUUUGCCAGGCAGACAGAAAUGUUUACAAAAUGGCUGACAACACAUCAAAGACACACUAGUUCAUUGACUGACUAUAACCUGACUGGACCAAUACACACUAAGUUACUGACUGACUCAGCAACACACACAUACUCUCUCUCUCUCUCUCUCUCUCUCUCUCUCUCUCUCUCUCUCACACACACACACACACACACACACACACACACACACACACACACACACACACACACACACACACACACACACAAGUUUACUGACUGACUAUAAUCUGACUGAACCCAUACACACUGACUGACUGACUGACUCAGCAAGAUACACACACACACACACACACACACACACACACACACACACACACAUUACUUUUACUGACUGACUAAAAUCUGACUGGACUGAUACACCUUGACUAAUUGGGGUAUUAUGUUUUUCCGUAUUACGAACAGAAAAUGCGAUGUUACAAACUUUUGUGUUCAUACUACAUGUAUUAAAGGUGGGGUAGGCAGGAUCUGAGGAAGUGACAGUUUUUUUGAGAAAUCUUAAAUGUAAACUCUACCUCUCACAACCAGUUUUCCCCUCAGCUCCUCCUCUUCCCUCCCUCUCUGCUCCAGCAAGCCCCGCCCACAAACAGACGCUCCUUCCGCUCAUAUCGUUUCAAUUAAAUUCAGAUAUGAUGCAGAUAAACACCUCAGAUAAUUACAAACAGUACCCACUCAACGUGAAAGUAAAAAGCAUUGGUGCUACUGUAGAUGCCAACAGACUACCAGCAAACAUAAUGUUUGCAGGACUUCUACAACUAGGAUAAAGUGACAUAGUCAAGGACCCACUUGGCUUGCUUUGUUAAAGCAGUUUACCUGUCCAGCAGAAAGGUUACAGGGUCUGUAAGAUCCCAAGGUAUUUACUUCUUUUUCUUGCUUGUGUUGGCAGUCGUGACCUAAGGAGGAUUCAGACAACUUUCGGUACUUUGUGGUUGGUUUCUACUGUCCGAUAUUGUAGCGCGCUAACUUUGUUUGGGCUCCUGAACGACACUGGGGAGCAGCGUCUGCCUCAGAACCAAUCAACCUGGGGGAGGCGGAGAAUGGCUUUGUUUACAGUCAGAAUGAGUGGAGCGCUCUAAAAAUGUAAAAUUUUGACUACACAGACAUAAGAGAACACAGCAAUAUUGUUGUAUUACCAAAUGUCAUCAAUAGCUAAUGACAAUUGACUGAUAUUUAAAGCUUUUACACCACAAAAAAGAUGCCUCUUUGACGGAUUCCUGCCUACCCCACCUUUAACAUGUUCAAAUGUGUAAUUAUUAUUCAAAAUAUUUAUACUUCAAACUGUAACUCUCAUAUGGAAUGUUCUACUAAGUACCCCUCCCUUCUCUUUCCAGAAUGGAUCUAUCUAUCCUCAAAGUCAAACCCUCAACCCCAUACCAAAGACUUCCCCCUCUUCACCUGGCUGUGGUGAAGGUGAAAGAGGAAAGGAGGGUCAUCAGGUGGAGUUUUGAUGACAUCACACCAAGGCCGACCAAUGAGAAGACAAAUCGAAUUGUCAUCCUCACUGAUGGCAACUUGCUGGAGAGGGUGUAUGUUUUUGAGGCAGUGACCACAGUGUUGGAGGAGGGCACUGCCUAUGUCAUGAAAGGGUACUCCCUCAGAGGGAGUAACCCUCCCUAUCGUCUGACCAUCUCAAAGGAGACCAAAUUUUUUAAAUCGGCACCGAUUGAGGUGACUGAGGAGCUGAGAGCCAGGGCCAAAAGGCUUCUCUGCCCAGUGAGUGCAGACACAGAACUCUGUGAGGCAAAGAACUGCACGUCCCUCAUGACUGUGCAAGGCAGAGUAACUGAGGUAAACUACUUUGUCCAUCCGUCCGUCAGUCACAAACACACAAACUACCUGACUGACUAUAAUCUGACUGGACUGACACUCUCUCACACACACACACCUACACACACACACACACACACACACACACAAACAAACAAACAAACACAUAUAUAGGGGAGACCGGGGCUUGUUGUCACACUUUUUACACUCUUAUAUAUUCCAUGGAAUCAAUACAUCAUAAGUAAAAAAAAUGUUUACCACACGAAAGACCAAAGUCUUAUUAUUAUCAAAAUUAUUGUUAUUCUCAUUUUUUUACUUGAAAGUGAACAUCAAAGUCAGGAACAGAAAAUGUUUAUCAUUGAGCUAGAAAAAGUCAUUGAACGUAGCCAUUGAACAAAUGUUAACAUAAAACAUUGUGCAACAUGCACUGGAGUUUGAAGAUCUGUCUGACUCUGUAUUUUCAGCUGGGGUGAAUGUUUUGCAGUACCAAGCCAACAUAAGGUAGUUGACAUUAAAGUCUUUAUUGUCUUCCAGAUUGAUUCAUUAGCAAGGAUCACCUGUCUGACUGCCCUCAGCAUCCCGUCAGGCACUGCACUGCCUUGCUCUGUUUUUCUUUUGUAAUUCCUGACCAUGACUUCUCACUCUCUCCUCUCCUUUAAACCACUCUGUUCUCUGUAAAAAUAAAGUCAAAAUUUCAAUAUGACAACUGCUGAUAAGCAGACUCUCUAUGUAAAUUUUAAUCCCUUUUAAACCAAAAUGACUGAGACAUGCUGCUCUAAACUACCAUGUCUGCUAAUUAAAGCUCUAGCUUAAAGUUAGCUGAAAACAGAACUAUAACUGAGGUAUGACAGGAUGUCUUAAUUUGUCCUCUAAUAAGUGCACAUGUUUCACUGCUGGGAUUUCUAUCUAGAAGAAGCUUGUUUUAAAAUAUAUAAGGUUAAUUUUCUUUACCUUGGGUUGUGCAAAAUGGUUAAUUGGCGCUCAUCUCAGCUCACAACGUGCUCUUCUUUUCUCAGAAAGAACCUGACCAUGUAAAGGAAAAAAACUAGUAUUUCACUUUUUAGUUGCGCCCUCUGGUGGCAAAGAUAAUUGCAAUGUGAAAACUUAGCCAUGUGACAACAAGCCCCGGUCUCCCCUACAGUACUUUUAAGGACUGACUGAAUGACUUGACUGACUGACUGACUGACUGACUGACUCUCUCACACACACACACACACACAAACACACACACACAUAUGCUAACCUGAUGACUUUAAUCUGAUUGGACCAGUACACACUGAUUGACCAACUGACUGACUCAGCAAAACUCUCUCUCUCUCUCUCUCUCUCUCUCUCUCUUUUCCCAUCUCUCUCUCACACACGCACGCACGCACACACACACACACGCACACACACACAGGCGCACACUGGCUUACUGACUAAUCCCACUGGACUGAUACAUCUGACUGACUCGCCUUUCCUUGUUUCUUGUGUUUCAGGUUAGCAGCAUCAGGAAGAUGGAGGUCAAGAGGGAGCACUUCCCUCUUCAAACAAUCGUUAUAGAGCAGGUAUGUAACUCCAAAUUCUUUUUUCUACUAAUCAUUGUUAAGUUAUUUUUUUCUAUUUCAAUCUUUUUGUCCUUUUUAUAUCUCUAUUUCUUACUCAUUCCUCUUUUAUAUUCCAUUUUUCUUUCCUUUUUAUAUGCUUUACAAUACCGUCUUUACAAUAAAUCAUGACAUGAUACUGAGAACAUAAGUGCCUUUUUUUUUUACAAGGAUCAAAGCAAAGUCCAGGUGUGCCUGUGAAGGGAGGCAGGCAUGUUUGCCAUCGCUGUUGGGUCCCUGGUGACCAUCAGUCACGAGGAAGCCAUGGCCCCUUUGGGUUCCAGCUGCAGUCAACAGCUUAUACAAAGCUUGAGGUGGGCUCUUUUUCAUGGUUUCUACGAGGUUUAUUGUAACAUUGAAAACUUUAUAAUGAAGUUGAACUUAUAAUGGCUUGUUUAAUUUUAUAUAGGAAACAUGCAGCACCUCCACUGUCAAUGCCAUGGGGGCCAUGGAGGUACGUGGGAGGCAAGAGCUGCUGAGCCUCCUCGUUGACGAUGGGGCUGAGCAUCUCAUCCCUGCGGCUCUUUGGCUGCCGCUUUAUGCAAAAAUGAAACGGUUACCCUUUUCAAUUCAAAUAUCCAUGCGGGGAGGAAUGAUAGUGAAGGCGAGUGCUGUGGAAAGAAGUGGAGAAGGGGAGCAUGGGGCAAAGGAGGGGGAGGUGGUGGAAGGAAAGAUGGCGGGAGAGGCAGAGAAUAAGAUGGGUGAUGACGAGGAGGAGGAGGGAGAUGAGCUUUUUAGUUUUUUUUAG